GGGAAAAUUGCGAAUUCCUUUUGUAUUUUUAUUAAUAAAACGAGAAGGAAAAUCGCCCGGACUUUGGUAGACCAUCGUAGCCGCCUCUACUUCCUCCGAUCCUCCGCUUCUUCCGCUAUUUCUCGUUGUGAUCUGUGCCAUUCAGGAGAAGUUAUAUUUCUUAGCAUUCGUUGGAGGGAAGCCAAAGGCGAAGUGCAGUUACAGAGAGGGUGCUAAUCGAGGAAGAAGAUGCAUUCGACACACCUACUUCUCGAAGAGCCAAUCAGGAUGGCUUCCAUCCUUGAGCCAUCCAAAUCCAGUUUCUUCCCGUCGAUGACCAAGAUUGUUGGGACGCUCGGUCCUAAGUCGCGAUCGGUGGAGGUGAUAUCGGCCUGCCUUAAAGUUGGAAUGUCUGUGGCGCGCUUUGACUUCUCUUGGGGAGACGUGGAUUAUCACCAGGAAACUUUAGAAAACCUUAAGACGGCUGUGAAGAGCACCAAAAAAUUGUGCGCUGUAAUGCUGGACACUGUUGGACCUGAGCUGCAGGUUGUUAAUAAAAGUGGAAAUGCUAUUUCACUUGAAGCUGAUGCAACAGUAGUUCUUACUCCUGACCAAAACAAAGAAGCCUCCUCUGAACUUUUACCAAUUAAUUUUACAGGUCUAGCUAAGGCAGUCAAAUCAGGAGACACAAUAUUUAUAGGUCAAUACUUAUUUACUGGAAGCGAGACCACUUCUGUUUGGCUGGAGGUAACUGAGACACAGGAAGAUGAUGUUGUCUGUGCAAUAAAGAACUCAGCUACUCUAGCAGGGUCCCUAUUCACAUUGCACAUUUCUCAAGUCCACAUUGAUUUGCCUACACUUUCUGAAGCUGACAAAGAUGUCAUCAGUAAAUGGGGUGUUAGAAAUAAAAUCGAUUUCCUAUCACUUUCUUAUACAAGGCAUGCAGAGGAUGUUCGUGAAGCACGUGACUUCCUAUCAAAGUUGGGUGAGCUACAACAAACUCAAAUUUUUGCAAAAAUUGAAAACAUUGAGGGAUUGAAACACUUUGAUGAAAUUCUUCAAGAAGCAGAUGGCAUCAUUCUUUCACGUGGAAAUCUUGGAAUUGAUCUUCCUCCAGAGAAGGUGUUUUUAUUUCAGAAAGCUGCUGUAUACAAGUGUAACACAUCUGGAAAACCUGCAGUGGUUACUAGAGUGGUGGACAGCAUGACUGAUAACCUUAGGCCAACUCGUGCAGAGGCAACCGAUGUGGCAAAUGCCGUGCUUGAUGGGAGUGAUGCAAUUCUUCUUGGUGCUGAAACUCUUAGAGGAUUGUACCCUGUUGAAACUAUUUCAACAGUCGGCAGAAUAUGCGCAGAGGCGGAGAAGGUUUUCAACCAUGAUCUAUAUUUCAAGAAGACAGUAAAAUAUGUUGGAGAACCAAUGACCCAUUUGGAGUCCAUUGCUUCAUCUGCUGUACGUGCGGCUAUUAAAGUUAAGGCUUCUGUCCUUAUCUGCUUUACUUCAUCUGGAAGAGCUGCCAGGCUAAUUGCAAAAUAUAGGCCUACGAUGCCUGUUAUUUCUGUGGUCAUUCCUCGGCUUAAGACAAACCAAUUAAGAUGGAGUUUCACUGGUGCUUUUGAGGCAAGACAAUCUCUCAUUGUGAGAGGUCUUUUCCCAAUGCUCGCUGACCCCCGACACCCUGCUGAGUCCACUAGUGCCACCAAUGAAUCAGUUCUGAAGGUUGCGUUGGAAUAUGGCAAGGCCUCUGGUGUGAUCAAGACACAUGAUCGCGUUGUUGUUUGCCAAAAAGUGGGGGAUGCUUCAGUGGUGAAGAUCAUAGAGCUUGAAGAUUGAGCUCCCCUGAACUUUUCUUAGACUGCAAAAUUUUGUAUUUGGUAUCUAUAACUUAUGUUUGGCUGUUUUGUCAGCUUUUUGAGGUUAUUGCAAGGUUUUUUACAUGCUUUCAACUGGCCCCGUUUGCCAGCUAGUAAUACAUAAGAGACUAGAACUUGAUUGCAAGCAUUUGAGUCUCUAUUAAAGUUCUGCUGUCUGCACUGUAGGGUGCAGCAGGUUGAUCAUAAUCAUUAAAUUAUUUCUGAAACUAUCUUUAUGUAUGAAUUUUCUCCCUUGUUUUGUAUAUUAAUUGCAAUGAUGCAAAACGUCUUUAUUCGUUUA